UGCAUAUGUAUAUUUUGUACCGUAUUUACGAUUAUUGUCCAAGUCAGACACACAUAAUAAUAAUUAUUUUUUGGAUUGCCCUAUGGAAGUCUUCGAAAAAUCCCCCCAUUUGACACAACAAAACACCCAGGAAAAAGUCCGAGAAAUCUAAGAAAAAACCGAACACUUAGUGUUUUCGUCUUCCCAAAUUUGACGAGCCCAGAUUUUGUUAAUAACCCCAUCCAUGUUUCAAUUUUUUGAAUUUGAAGUCAUUUCUGAGGUGGGUUGUUGGAAUUGAUCUGUGGGUGUUUUAGGAUUUGAACCCUUGACUUGUAAAAUGGAGGAUUUGCCCAAUUUGCUUCAGAGAGACUAUGGGUUCAAGCCGCAAGGAAAAUCUGCGCCCAUGUCGCAGCAGCGAAACGCAACAGGCACCGCUAGCACGGGUGCCUCCUCUGUCUACGAUGAUGUCUUCGGUGGGCCGCCUAAAUUUACAGCACAGUCUUUUCCAGAAACAGGUGCAUACGACGACAUUUUCAGGAGCUUUUCUGCGCCCAUAAAGAAUUCCUCUGUUCCCGUCUUUGAUACGCCGGUCUACGAUGACGAUAUAUUUGGAGGCUUGAAAGGGGUGAAGACCAGCGGAGUUCCUUAUGAUGAUGUUUUUAGCGGGGGAUCUGUAGCGCCAAUUGGGGAUCUGGUGGGGGAGAAUUCGAAUUUGGGGAAUCGAGAAAAGGGUCCUUCUUCGCUCUUCGAUGAUUUGAUUCCAGGGGUCUCCGUCGAAAAAACACGGUUGAGGUCAAUUCAACCUAUGCUUGGUGGAAAUCCAAUCUGCAGGAAAUAUAUUGCAUUCAUGGGAAGAGAGUAUCACAAACUAAUAUCAGCAGGAGAGAGCAGGCCAAAAUACCGGGUGUCCACUGCUUCUUCUCAGAAGCCUUCAAAGGAUUCUUUUGUUGUGCUAGAUCCAGAUUUGUCAUCAAAUUCAGCAUCUACUUUCUUAUCUAAUCCCUUGGAACAAUUGAAUGUACCAUCUCAUCCUUCAAGCACUAAAGAUAGUAAAUUUCCAGGCAAUGGUACAAGAGGAAUUGAUGGAAUCAAUGCCUUUGAUGGAUAUCCAUCAACAGGACGUGCAGCCUCUUCUCCAAUGAGUAAGUCCAGAGUAGCUAAGAGUCCAUUGAAAACAAGUCACAGCAACAGUCCUACUCAUACAAGUGGUAAUAAUGAGUUAGUGGAAGGCAAAUCUGUAAAAAGGAACUCUAUGAUUAGCAAUUUUGUUAGAGAUCAUAGCAAGCCUCCUUCAUCAUCUAAAGUUUCUUCCCCAAGGCGGCAUCGGCAACCAUUGCAUGAAAACUCUACAUAUGUUACUGAUUUAGGCACAAGAGGGGUAUCUCCUUUAAAGAAGUCCGAGAAGGGCACAAAUGCGGUAACUGAAAGAUUAGUUAUGGUGGAUGAAAUUAAACUUAGAACAAAACCUAGCAUGCUUCCACCACCUUCAAGGCCACCUCCUCCAUUGGUUAUCAAGCAGGGCACUUCGAAGAAAAUGUUAGACUCAAAUGCUGGAUUGAGUACAAAUCUGCUUCAAUCUGGCAAAGCAUCUAAAUAUUUGCCUAUUCAAGAACUUGAAGAUUUUCCAUCUGGUGGAUCUCGAGUUCAACUUGGAGGAGAUAAAUCAUCAGUUUUAAUGGAUGGGAUGGUGGAGGGUAGUUCUGCUGCUGCAGCAUCAACUGCUGCUAUGAAGGAAGCUAUGGAGAGAGCAGAAGUAAGAUUGAAACUAGCUAAAGAAGCAAGAGAGAGAAAAAGAGGGGACUGGGAAAGAGAAGCAAAGACAGCUAAAUUCAAUGAAAAAGAAAAACAAAACAUAGGAGAUGAAAGAAUCACACAAGAUGAUUGGGAACUGGAAGAAAGAGAGAGGUUGGUAAAAGCAGCAGAAGAGGCUCAUCAACGGGAAGAAAAGGAGAAGGCUGCUAAGCUUGUUCGAGAGGCUCGUCAAAGGGAAGAAAAAGAGAAGGCUGCCAAAGCAGCUCGAGAAGCACGUGAAAGAGAAGAAAAGGAGGCUGCAGCAAAAGCAGCUAGGGUAGCUCGUGAACGAGAAGAAAGAGAAAGAGAGGAGAAAGAAAGAGAGAGGAGACACAGGGAAAGAGAACGCGGAAGAGAAGAAAGAGAACGGGAACAAGAAAGAGAGAGAGAGAGGGAACGUGAAAGAGAAAGGGAGAGGGAACGUGAAAGAGAGAGGGAGAAAGAUAGGAUUGCUGUAGAAAGGGCAACUAAAGAGGCACGCGAGAGAGCAGAGAGGGCAGCAGUAGAGAGGGCAGCUGCAGAAGCACGGGAACGAGCUGUUGCAGAAGCUAGGGAGAAAGUAGACAGAGCUGCUUUUGAGCGAGCUGCAGCUGAAGCAAGGGAAAGGGCAGCUGCAGAAGCAAAAGAAAGAGCAGCAUCAGAAAAGUCAGUGGCAGCAGUUCGAGAAAGGGCAGCAGCAGCAGCUGAAAGGGCAGCAGAAGCCAGGGUUAGAGCAGAGCGAGCUGCAUCAGAGAGGGCCAUUGCUGAAGCUCGAGAACGAGCAGCUGAGAGAGCUGCUGCUGAGAGAGCAGCUGCGGAAGCAAGAGAGCGAGCAGUAGAGAGAGCUGCUGCUGAGAAGGCAGCUGCAGAAGCUAGAGAACGAGCAGAGAGGGUUGCUGCAGGGGCAAGAGAGAGGCAACGGAGAAAUGAGAAUGACUUGGAGGCUUUCUUUGGUAUGGGCGUUCGGGCAGAAAGUGCACCAAGGCAAAGACCCCCUACCUCGGAUGCUACUUCGGAUGCACAAUCUUCAACUAAGGGGACUUCUGGUGAUGCUUUCCGGAAAGCAACUGCAGGAACAUCACAAAAUUAUAAUCGAUCAAAUGUGUCAACAAACACAGCUGACGAUUGGAUAUCGUCUUUUACUUCUAAUGCUCCGUCUUCUGAAGAGUUUCAAGAAAUCCCUGGGGAAUCUUCUGAAAGGAGAAGAGCUAGGUUGGAGCGGCACCAACGUACACGAGAGCGUGCGGCUAAAGCGUUAGCGGAAAAGAAUGACCGUGAUUUGCAAGCUCAAAGAGAACAAGCAGAGAGACAUAGAUUAGCAGAAACAUUGGAUGCUGAUGUAAAGCGGUGGGCAACAGGGAAGGAAGGCAAUUUGAGGGCCCUGCUUUCAACAUUGCAAUAUAUCCUUUGGCCAGAGAGUGGUUGGAAGCCUGUGCCACUAACAGAUAUAAUCACUGCUGCUGCCGUUAAAAAAGUUUAUAGGAAAGCCACACUAUGUGUGCAUCCGGAUAAAGUGCAGCAGAAGGGUGCAACUAUCCAACAGAAAUAUGUCGCAGAGAAGGUGUUUGACCUUUUAAAGGAGGCAUGGAACAAAUUCAAUUCAGAGGAGCUUUUCUAGAGCAGCAGUCAGCAUCUCUUAUUUAUUUUGACUUUUGACCGGAAGCGCCUCUCUCAACUGUCAGUUGAAGAGAUGCUGUUCCUUUACUCGCAGCAAUUGAUUUUGGUUGCACGUAUCCUGCUUGGGCCCCUGAGCAACAUGGUGGUAUGAGAAAGGUAUAUAAUUGGUUAUUGUGCUGCGAUUGAGUUCAGCAUCCAAUAUGACAUACCACUCUUAUGUACUUCGCUGCUGUUGUAUGUUCAGCUGGCUUAUAUAUUCUUUUGAACUCGCUGGAAAGCAGAUUAUUCUAAUAUACAAUAAGAAGAUUCUUUUAGGCUCUUGCAUCGAGUGUUAAGUUGUAUGAUUUGUGUCCAAUUAGGGUCAGUUCCGUAAUCUGGUCAUUCUCUUGGCCGCUGUCACUAAUCAAAACCUUUGAUAUUCAACAUCCGGUCAAAAUGGCAUCUAUACGGUUUUGGCCUCCAGUUUCAUUUACAUAUUGCAGCUUUGGUCAAAGUGCUUACUUCCAUUAAAACAUGUAAGAGUUGAAUUAUUGGUCAUGCUUCUUGUGAUGGCAUGUUCAAGGAAUGGCGGCCAAGUCAACCUGGAUGUGGUGCUCUAUUAUUUGCCUAUUAAAAAAUUUGUGCAAAAUGCACAAUCAUUGACAAUUUGACAGUAUGCCACUUACAAGAAUGAUAUUUAUUUGAGCCAAUCUCUGAGGAAUAUAAUUCAUAUUCUUGA